AUGGAUGCCGCUGUUAUUGAUCGAGUAGUCAAAAUACCAGAUGUAGCAGCUACUGCCGCUAUGCGGAUACUUCGCGAGCAGGGUGCAUCCGGUGGUACCAGCAGUGGAGUGAACCUACUCACGUCGAUGCAUAUUGCGGCGACAGCGGUGAAGCCACAAAAGUCUCGACUAACUAUCACGACCUUGUUGGCGGAUCCUGGCCAUUACUACGAUUCAACAUACUAUAACAGAGAAUGGAUUGCACGGAAGUUUGCACGACAUGGAGGAUUAGAGGCUUACGACUGUUGGUACACUGUGAUCGCCGAGAGUCUUUCAUCGGGUGAUGAUCCAUUAUUGCUUGGAUAUGAUCGAUGUCCUAAUGGAUUAUUGCCUUAG